CGAGGUCCCGGGGGUGGGGGCGCGGCGGGGCUGCCCCUGCCCUCCAAGCACUUUGCCGCGCCCGGCUCGGCGUUCUGGCCCGGACAGAGAGCGCGGAGUGUCCCUGCUGAUUUCACGGAGCCAGGACCUUCGCAGGCUUCUAAAACAAACCGCAACCCAACAGAGUCGUUUUACUAUCGGCAAAAGCGGACACACCUCACCACUGCUUACAGCUACUGCAAGACACGGCGUAGCUGUGCUUGUAGAGCUACACCCCAAAGUUUUCAGACGUACCGGCGAGCUCAAACAAGUGAUCCGAAUGUGAACUUCAAAGGCGAAUAGUUCUUUACGCAGAUCUCGAUGUUCCACAAUCAGAGGAGUCCUGAGGCGGGACGUGCAUUGUUUGAUCUUUCAUUCUCAAAUUACCAGUGUGUUCGUGGAAAACAAUGAGAAGUUCACAUGAUGUACUUUUUGGAUUAGUGUGCAGUAAGCCAGAUUUGUGGCUCCUUGAGCCUAUUUAUAAGGACUAGAAAUUCCUGUUUAAUUCUGCUAUCCUUAUAGCAGCACUGAAAGCACUGUGGAUUUAGAUCCAGCUACACCAUCUGAGAGCUGUGCCUGUUGGGCCAGACCCCCCAUAGUCAGCAGUUUUCUCAGAUGCAAAAGCUGGAUAAUUACAACCGCCUUAAUUACCUCCCAGAGCUUUGCAGGAGCUGCACAUAGUGAGGGCUCUCUGACAAGACUGUGAAAUCAUAGUUCUAUAAAGAGCCUAAAAGAGACCUCAGAGAGUAUCUUCAGCUUUCUUAUUUUAUACUUGAGAAAGCUGAGACCCACAUGAGCUUGGCUGGUUACACCUCCAACAGAUGGUUACUGAGCACCUGUUAUGAGCCAAGCCCAUUGCAGGCACCAGGGAAGCGGCUGUGAUCAGCACAGAGCCCCUGCUCUGGAGAUUCCACACCAGUGGUAGAGACAGAAAGAAGUGGGUUCAUGAAUAAGCAGGGUGAUUUCAGAUUCCCAUCACCAAUUUUUCUUGGAAUUGGACAGAUGGCAGCUACCAUAAUGAUACUGUAUGUAUCCAAACUAAAUAAAAUAAUUCACUUCCCUGAUUUUGACAAGAAAAUUCCUGUGAAGCUGUUUCCUCUGCCUCUCCUCUACAUUGGAAACCACAUAAGUGGAUUAUCAAGCACCAGUAAAUUAAGCUUGCCGAUGUUCACCGUGCUCCGGAAAUUUACCAUUCCACUCACUUUACUCCUGGAAACCAUCAUACUUGGGAAACAGUAUUCCUUGAACAUCAUCGUCAGUGUUUUUACCAUCAUACUUGGGGCUUUCAUAGCAGCUGGUUCUGACCUUGCCUUUAACUUGGAAGGCUAUGUUUUUGUAUUCCUGAAUGAUAUCUUCACAGCAGCAAAUGGAGUUUAUACCAAACAGAAAAUGGACCCAAAGGAGUUGGGUAAAUAUGGCGUGCUUUUCUACAAUGCCUGCUUCAUGAUUAUACCAACUCUUAUCAUUAGUGUCUCUACUGGAGACCUUCAGCAGGCUACUGAAUUCAAUGAAUGGAAGAAUGUUCUGUUUAUCAUACAGUUUCUUCUUUCCUGUUUUUUGGGGUUUCUGUUGAUGUACUCCACAGUUUUGUGCAGCUAUUACAAUUCAGCCCUCACAACAGCAGUGGUUGGAGCCAUCAAGAAUGUUUCCAUUGCCUACAUUGGAAUGUUAGUUGGUGGAGACUACAUUUUCUCUGUGUUAAACUUUGUAGGGUUAAAUAUUUGCAUGGCAGGGGGCUUGAGAUACUCCUUUUUAACUCUGAGUGGCCAAUUAAACCCUAAACAACCUGUGGAUGAAGAAAACAUUCCUCUGGAUUUGAAGAGUUAGAAUCUGAGGCAGGAUUGCAGACUGGGAACAUGGGGGUGGGGGGCACUCCCCGCUGUAGGAAUGUGAAGCCAGACGUUCUGGUCACCGACAACGCUCAGCCCCCUGGUUAAAGCACAACAGGAAUGUCUGCCAACUGCGAAGAGAACCUACCUCACACGUUACUGCACAGUGAGCCAUCCUCAGCCCCGAGAAGCGUAUUUGGGCAAAGCCUUACCAUCUGAAAGUGAAUCUUUCAGAGGAGACCAUUGAUUAAAGGGAUCGUAACCGAGUGCGGGCAGAGCACUGACCGUUUGGUCACCCAGCCACAUCUCUGAGCUUUGUUCGCCAGUACCAGGUGCGUUUAAGAGAACGGAAACGGCUGAUGGUGUGAGAGUGAUUAUCAUCAGCACCUUGGCCUUCAAGGAUCCCAGCCAAAGCGAAGUGCCAGUGAGAACAAUUUUCUUUUCCAAUUUAAACAAACAUGUCUUUAUUUUAAUAAAAUUAGCCAAUUUGGGUGCC